GGGGUCCGGCCCCGGCCCCGCCUCCACGAGCUCCAGGGAGUCUCGGAGUGCGUGGUCCCCGAGUUAUUCUGGGGGCUUCAGCCUUAGGCGCCGCCCAAGAGACCCUGGGCUGGCGCCGGGCGCAGCUGGCUCUCCUCGUUUGCCUGUCCGUCUUUGUCUGUCUCUGUCUGUCUGGCUGUCCCCGAGCUUGCCUCCACUUCCACAACUAAGUCGCCUGAGCACCGACAUCCACCCAACCCGGCCUCUGUCCCUCUCAUGGCAGGUUACUUACCCCCUAAAGGCUACGCUCCUUCGCCCCCACCUCCCUACCCUGUGACCACGGGGUACCCGGAGCCCGCGCUGCAUCCUGGGCCCCCGCCCGCCCAGGUGCCCGCCCAGGUGCCUCCCCCUGCACCUGGUUUCUCUCUCUUCCCUUCACCGGCCCCGGUGGCCCCCGGGCCUCCUGCCCCCUUCUUGCCACUGCCAGGGGUGCCUUCUGGCCUCGAAUUCCUGGCACAGAUUGAUCAGAUCUUGAUUCAUCAGAAGGCUGAGCGAGUGGAAACGUUCCUAGGUUGGGAGACCUGUAACCGGUAUGAACUGCGCUCAGGGGCCGGGCAGCCCCUUGGCCAGGCGGCUGAGGAGAGCAACUGCUGUGCCCGCCUGUGCUGUGGUGCCCGCCGGCCACUUCGUGUCCGCCUGGCGGACCCCGGGGACCGUGAAGUGCUACGCCUGAUCCGUCCACUGCACUGUGGCUGCCUCUGCUGUCCCUGCGGUCUCCAGGAGGUGGGCUGGGAGCCUUGGGGUACAAAGAGGCUGCCUCACAGGACCGAGGAGAUGGAAGUACAGGCUCCACCAGGCACCACCAUUGGCCAUAUUCUACAGACCUGGCAUCCCUUCCUCCCUAAGUUCUCCAUCCAAGAUGCUGAUCGGCAGACAGUCCUGCGAGUGGUGGGACCUUGCUGGACUUGUGGCUGUGGCACAGACACCAACUUUGAGGUGAAGACCAGGGAUGAAUCCCGCAGUGUAGGCCGUAUCAGCAAGCAGUGGGGGGGGCUGCUGCGAGAAGCCCUCACGGACGCUGAUGACUUUGGCCUACAAUUUCCUCUGGAUCUGGACAUGAGGGUGAAGGCUGUGCUGCUAGGGGCCACAUUCCUCAUUGACUACAUGUUCUUCGAGAAGCGAGGAGGUGCUGGGCCCUCUGCCAUCACCAGUUAGAGGACGCCUCAGGUUGAAGAGACCAUCCCCUCAACCAGAAUUCAAGAUGGUCACUUGCUCUGGCCUGGCCCCUCCUCAGAGGCAGCCCCUUUCCUCCAUGUACACUGCAGGGGACAGAAAGGGGUUCCUCAGAGGCUGUGGGCCAUGAUGCCCCACCCUGCCCUCUCCCCUGGCCUCCUUCACCUGUGGCCCCACAGAAGGGUAUGUAUGAGAGCCCUUUCCUGCUGCCUCCCAGCGGUCCCUCUGCACAAAGGUAUAUCGGCUUUCAAAUUUCCCUGCCCACCCCCACCGCCUUCCAGGGUCUCUGCAUUGGAGAGGGACCUUUGGAACCCAGGACUUCAAUUUUACCACAGGGUUAGUGGGGGAAGGGCAAGUAGCACCAAAGAUGGCAAAAAUUCCUGCCUUUCCUGUGCAUCAGCCUGGUCAAGAGUUCAGCCUCAGACCAUAGCACUUUGAGGGGAUUCCUACUUCCCCACUAACAGCUGUAAAGACUGGGCCCUAGUGCCAACUUGCUUUCUCCCUAGGGCCCCGCCCCGCAGCUGGUGCUUGCUGCAGCUUCCUGUGCCUUACUUAACCACCCCUCCCUUCCCUUGCCUUAGGAAGGAGGCUGCAUCUUUUUUUUUUUUUUUUUCCUUUUUAU